AUGGUGACAAAAUUCUACCAGCACAUCAUGGCCUUGGUGUUUGCCAUAAACGAGAUCAACGCCAAUUCCAAGAUCUUGCCAAAUAUCACAGUUGGAUUCCACAUCUACGACAGUUACCAUGACAUGAGGAUGACCUAUCGCACCACCAUGGAUUUGCUGUAUAAGCUGCAUAGAUAUUUUCCAAACUAUGAAUGUGACACCAGCAAAAACAUAGCAGCCAUCAUUGGGGGAUACAGUUCAGCGAUGUCCUUCUACAUAUCAGAAAUUCUAAGGGUUUACAAGAUUCCACAGCUCACAUAUGGCUCAUUUGCCCCAGAGAAGAUCACACACCUGUCAUCUUCUUUUUACCGAGUGGUUCCAAGUGAAGUUGAGCAGUACAUCGGUAUUCUUCGGUUACUGCAGCAUUUCCAAUGGACAUGGGUUGGGCUUCUAGCUGUGGAUGAUGACAGUGGGGAGCAUUUUGUGCAGGUCAUGGAGCCAUUGUUAUUUCAAAGUGAAAUCUGUUUGGCUUUCGUACAGAGAAUCCUAACCAAAGACCACUGGAAUGACAUGGAUGAUGUCACUGAUUUCAUUUUAAGUGCACGCUUAGCUUUUAGAGACAGCAGUGCCAAUAUAUUUAUUCUCUAUGGGGAAUCCACAGUCCUUAUAUUUCUUAAUACCCUGUUAUCUCUUGGUGAUCCCAGCUAUAAGGAAAAGACAUCACUUCGGAAAGUGUGGAUUAUGACAGCCCAAGUUGAUUUUGCACUAACUGGCCUUCACAGAGCCUGGGAUUUCCAGUUUUUCCAUGGGACCAUUUCCUUCACAAUUCACUCAAAUGAGAUCCAUGGCUUCCAGAACUUUCUUCAAGACAGAAAGCCUCAUCAGAAACAAGGAAAUGGUUUUCUCAAGGACUUCUGGGAGCAAGCAUUUGACUGUUACUAUCCGAAUCCCCAGGAGACAAGGAACAUCAGUGAAUUAUGUACCGGAGAUGAGAGGCUGGAGAGUCUUCCUGGGCCCCUAUUCGAAAUGCAUAUGAGUGGUCACAGCUACAGCAUCUACAAUGCGGUCUAUGCCAUAGGGCAUGCUGUCCAUUCUUUGUACUCAUCCAGAUCCAAUCACAGAGCAAUGGAUGGUGGUCAAAGAGUUAGACCCCAAGAUUUCCACCCUUGGCAGGGUGUCCCCAUUUCUGUGUGCAAUGAUUACUGCUACCCUGGCUAUCAGAAGAAAAAGAAGGAAGGGGCGACAUUUUGUUGCUAUAAUUGUGCACCAUGUCCGGAAGGGAAGAUUUCAAACCAGAAGGACAUGGAUGACUGCAUCAAAUGCCCACAAUCUCAAUAUCCCAGCAAGGACCAAGAUGGGUGCAUUCUUAAGUCAAUAACCUUCCUGUCCUUUGAAGAAACUUUAGGAUUCAGCUUGGCUUCGUUUGCUGUUUCUUUCUCCCUGUUCACAGCUGUGGUACUAAUAAUUUUCAUUAAACACAGAGAUACUCCCAUAGUAAAAGCCAACAACCGGAAUAUCACCUACAUUCUUCUGAUUGCUCUCCUGCUCUGCUUCCUUUCUUCGUUAUUGUUCCUCGGAAGACCGAGGAAGGAGACCUGCUUAUUUCGGCAAUCAGCUUUUGCCCUCAUCUUCUCAGGGGCUGUUUCUUGUGUGUUGGCCAAAACCGUCACUGUGAUUGUGGCUUUCAUGGCCACCCAGCCAGGAUCCUGCACGAGGAGGUGGGCAGGGAAGACUCUGACCAACUCCAUUGUCAUUUCCUGCUCUCUCGUUCAAGCUGCAAUUUGCCUGCUGUGGUUGGGAGCCUCUCCCCCAUUCCCAGAUUUCGACUCGCAGUCGCUGAAGGAAGAAAUUGUGGCAGAAUGUAACGAAGGCUCCGUUCCUUUCUUUUAUGUUGUCCUCAGCUACCUAGGACUUCUGUCCCUCAUCAGCUUGAUUGUGGCCUUCUUUGCCAGGAAGUUGCCGGACACUUUUAAUGAAGCCAAGUUCAUCACUUUCAGUAUGCUCAUCUUUUGCAGUGUCUGGUUGUCUUUUAUUCCAGCCUAUCUGAGCACAAAAGGGAAAUCCACGGUAGCCAUGGAGAUCUUCUGCAUCUUGGUCUCCAGCACUGGGUUACUGGGCUGUAUCUUUGUUCCCAAGUGCUACAUUAUUGUGCUUAGGCCUGAGCUGAACAGGAGAGGGGUACAGUCUCAGUUCACAUGGUGUGAUGGAACUCUCCAAGAGACCAAGAGUGCAUCUGUAGCCAAGGAUGAACACUUACCCCCAGAUCCUUCUGCAACACAGAGGUGUUCUUGGACAUACCAUGGAAUCUGCAAAGGACUCAGUCCAGCUAGGCCAUUUGGAAAUCAUUGCACUCUGGCAACAGGCAAACAGUUAAUAGUAAUGCAAGUAAUACAAUGA